CCUCCUCCCUAACGCAUGCACAGUCCUGCGCUUCUCCCUGCGCAAACACAGUCUCGCGACUCUCGCGAGCUCUUCUACCUUCCGCGCAUACGUAGAUUUGAAUUCUGCCUCGGGAUUGUAAAACCCGGACAAAUCUGUCAAAACGACAAAACAGGCCUGACGCCCGGACAGGAGCCCAAAAAGAGGACAUGUCCGGGGAAAACCGGACGUAUGCAGGAUAGUUGUGACAUGACAUCCAAGUUUAUCAAAGAUUUUGUCACCAAGCCUGUUAGGUCCGAGACAGACCUAGAGAAACCUAAAAAGGAAAAUGUGCUUCUGGAGAAACUUAAAAAGGAAAAUGUACUCCUCAAAAAGUCUAUAGCAGACAUGACCAAAGGAAAAGGCAAAUUAUCCGAUGUAGAAAGAAACAGACUUCUAGAGAAAAUACUUUCCCUGGAAACAAUAAAAGAGGACCAUAUUUUUCAACUUGAAGUAAAGGAAAUAGAAAUACAGGAACUGAAAGCUCAAAUUAGUUCUGGAGAAAGCAGGGAAGUUGCAGUUUUGCGCUCUCAGCUUAUGGAAAAGAAUAAAGAGGCUGAUGGAAGAGAACAGCUGUUUAAAACCUUAUCCGAGGAAGCAGAAAAUCUGAAAAACAAAAUGGCUGCAGUAACUCUGAAAUGCGAGGAAGUUGAAAACACAGCAGAAUCUGCCCAGCCUUCAAAGGAAGGUAUAGGAAGCCAGAAGCUAUCGGAACAAAGCAAAGUUCUUCAAGAUCAGUUGCAAGAUGCUCUAGAGAAAAACAAACAAUGGCUAGUUUAUGACCAGCAGCGUGAAGCCUAUGUUAGAGGACUUCUGGCAAGGAUCUUUGAGCUAGAGCAGCAGGUGGGGCAAGUGAACCAAGGAACCCGUCAGCAUCAAAAUGAACCUGCUUCAAAAGAUCAGUUGCCGGAAGAGAAGCAGAAAUACUAUGACAAACUUUUGAUGAAAGCAAGAAAGGAUCUUGAAGCCCAGAAGGAAAAUAACCGUAGUUUAACAUGCGAGAUCAGUGAAUUAAGAAAAGAAUUUGAAAGCAAGCAAAGGGAAAUAGAAGACUUGAACAUGAAACUGCAUCGUGAUCAGGAAGAAUUUAAGCAAAACCUUGAGAGAGAAAAUGCACAAGAACAAGUUCAGAAGCUUAAAGCUGAAUUACAGUUUGUCAAAACCAGACUUGAUGAAGAAAAGAAACAGUCUUCAGAGCUCUCUUCCAAGCUGCAAAGUUGCACAUUUGACUUUGAAAAUGAAAAGCUUGACCGUCAAAGUUUGCAACGUCAGUUAAAUAAAGUCUUGAAGGAAUUACGCAAGGAAAGAGAACAGAGAACACAUCUGGAGACUUUUAAGAACUUGAAUGACUAUCGCUGCUCGGAUUCAUCAUCACGCUACCUUCAUAAUGAGUUUGAAGAGAGGAAUACCUGCUUACUUGAUGAAAGCUUCUUGGAAUGUCCCAAAUGUAAAGCUCAGUAUCUUACAAGUCAGCACAGAGAGCUACUUGCCCACAUUGAUUUCUGUAUGGACUAAGUUAAAAGAAGUCAUACUUUGUGUAAAUUUUCUAAACUGCUGAUUUUGCUCCAUUUUUUGCACUAAUUUCAUAUGCACAUUUGAACGAGGCUUUGCUCAGUUUUAUUAACUUAAAAUCAGCCUCACAUUGUACAUUUGCAGAUGAACUAUAUUUAUUGGCAGUCCAGUUUGUUUUUACUGUAUUUGUAAACUGCUCUUAGUAUUCAUAUAUCAAGUAUUCCAUUACCUUGCAGAUGUUCUCUAUAAAGGUUUAACUUGCUUUUUAACUUCCUUUUAUAUUUUGUAUAUGUAAACUGCUCUUGGUAUGCAUAUAUCAAGUAUUUCAUUACCUUGGCGAUGUUUGAAGAUAUGUAUAAAGUUUUAACUUUCUUUUUAUUUCCUUUUA